AUGUUCUCUUCCAACGGGUCUCUUGAGUCUUGGAUUGAGGGAAAGUCCACUCAAAAACGCUUCAACGAGCAUUGUAUAGAAUAUAAGCCCUCUUCGGAUGACACAAGUGCGAUCACAAGUUGUUUCUUGGAAACAUCCUCUGAGCCCUUCGUUAUCCGACUCAAAAGGUCUGAAACGCUGUUCCCAGGGGAUGAUUUCCGAGCUAUAUGUGAAGUUGACGGCAAAGAUAUCGGUUUUUCGAUCUGGCGAGCUGACAGGCUAGAGUAUGAUUGGAAAGCGGUUUGGGAAAGAAGGGACGGGCAGCUUUAUGAGUCUUCGUUGACAUUCGACACAUUGGCUACUACGGAUGAUCCGUCUGAAGUCAAUAUAUCCGUUCGAGAUCUCGAAAACAUCGGCACUAUCGUCAUUACGCUUACUCGGGGAACCACGAAGAUAUCAAGGAAAGGUAAAGGAAUCGAACUUUUCAACAAAGUCAGAGGUAAAGCUAUGGAAAAUCGAGGCUUCCUCACAUCCGUCACUACAAUCGAAAGUGAGGCGGAAGAGGAGUGGCAACCUGUCUUUUACGACUUCACUCCUAGCGGAUCAGGUAUCCCAUAUCACCGGUUCGUUUUCAAAUAUCGUCCAGCCGGGGUCUUAAAAUACCUGGGAAAGAUCGAAUCAGAUAAAGGAGACAAUCUCAAAUCUGGCUCGAGAUUUUAUCCAUAUCAAAUGGCGAAGACGCCUUUACCCCUUCCGUUCUCUUCUGACGGAGAAACGUUGUCGGAAGGUGAUAGGUCUGGUAGUGAAAGCACUAGAGCCACCAAUAGUGUGGGUCCGGACGUAGGUGUACUCUCAUCUCAGUAUCGUCAACCCGUGAAGAGGACUUUCAUCAAUGAAGAGGAGAUCUAG